CACGUGUGCGGGUACCACCCACGCGUGCGAUUAGCUGUAUAAAUACAUUCCAGUCAUCCAGUGGCUCGAUAUUUGGAGUGGAAAUGGCGACUAGUAGUAUCAGGCCAAUCCAUGAAGGAGACACUAUCCUUCUCUCUUGUGUGGACAAGGAUGUCAGUGGAUUUGUAUACGCUCUACCUCCCUGUUCGGGCUACAGUUGUGCUGUCAUUAAAAGCGAAAAGGAAAGACCCAAUGUGCACGCUAUUUCUUUCCAAGUUCUACCAGAAUAUGCUCAACCUGAUUUGUCAACUUCACCUCUUUCAAUCACGAAGGAAGAAGACAGACAUUAUUUGCAUCGUAAAUUAGUUUAUGGUCGAAAGAUAAAGUUGCUUCAUGUUGCAUCAAAGAAGUAUUUGUCAAUACCUAACAAAGCACUAAAAGAGACUGAGACAGAACCAGGUUUCCUGUCAGAUGAACCUUAUCUCUUUAAGAUGCUUCCUCCUCCUUCAUUAGUGAGCAGUUCAAGAGGUCAAGAUAUAUUCCCAGGGGAUGAGGUGAUUCUUGAAACUGUCGGUAGAAAAGGUCAUCAUGUCCUCUGUGCUAAGAAUUCAUUAACUGACUGUUUUGAGUUGAAAAUGGCCAUCACUAAUUCUAUUUUUUCUAUUAAAUUGCAAACAAAAAGUGAUGAGUCACUCCCUAAUCUCAUCAGGGGCGGUAGUAUCGUUAGGUUUCAUAAUGCUAGGACUGAUUCUUAUCUGUGUGCUAAAGGCUCUACUGUACACACCAUCCUACCAGCUGUUGAUUUUGAACAUGACAACAAACAAAAAGUUUAUUUUAAAAAGAAGAGGGUCCUUCCUGUCCCAAGGCCUCCCCCAGUGUCUGGGGAUUGUUGGUGGCAGCUGGUGAAACAAGAAGAACCUUAUGAUGGUGGUUCUAUUGAAUCAGGAGGAAAGUAUUUAUUGAGACAUUUACCAACUCACAUGUACCUCAUGACAGGAGAUGACUUUAAGUUGACAAUCGGUUCCAUUGAUGAUGUGGAUCCUAAAUAUUACACAUUCACUCUUACUAGUUCAGUUGCAGCUGCUGAUAAAAGUGUAUUAAAAGGUUCAAAUGUUACUUUGAUUCAUGAAGGAAUUGAUGAUAAGAAAAGAUACUUUCAUGUUGAUGAUGGUGAUCCUACCUGGUUGACAAAGAUCAGUACUAAAAGAGCUCUGGGUAGCAAAGGACUGAAGGUAACACUGAAGGAGUCGUUAGAGGACAAAGUUCAAAAUGAAAAUUCAUUUAAAAUUGAUGAAGUCAGACCAGACGUGGUCCACUGGCAUUAUUAUGUUGAAAGUGUUAAAAAUGUUUUAAUGAGAUAUUUUCCAAAGCUUCAGGGGAUCCAUGGUGACCCUGUGCUAGUGGAGCUGGUGGCUGUACUUAAAGAACUGGUCCGUUGGUUGAAGGAGGAAUCACCUUAUAACUUAAAGACCCGUGGGAAGAUGUUACGCAAUGCACAUGUUAUUGAUUUGCUAGUUGGUUAUAUUUCUAUUGAUGUUGAGUCUGGAGAAGAGGAUAGAGUUAAAUUGCUGCGAGGAGUUUCUGAAGUUUUGAGACAAUUUUUGUUAAUUAAGAGUCGUCACUCGCACUUUUAUAUGGCAAAAGAAGCGUUUAUGAAAAUAUACUUUAAUAAGCUUGGACUAGGGCUUGGUGUUGAAAGUUUUCUCAUUGCAUUAGUAAAAGAUGAAAGUGAAAUUGCCAAGUACCUGGUUGAGUUUUACUUUCAGAUCCUCAGGGACCCCACGUCCACUUUAAAAAUACACCUGGACACUGCUUCAUUGGAGCUACUCUCCACCCUCUGCUUUGUUGACGGACAUCCUGAAGAAGCCUUACAAGAUUUGAUUUGUGAAGAAGUUAUUACGAAGGAUCUGGGUGUUUUUUAUCACACUCGUUUGGAUGAGGGUGCUAAUGUUAUUUAUUAUUCAAAGUCAAAUGGCACUGACAAACCAAUUACUAACCUUGGCUCUAGUGAAGAUAAUAAUAAUGAAGACCUUCAUUUUUUUGUUGCACAAAUUUUCCUAUUCAGUAAUGUCUGUAAGGGUGUUAAUAUGUCAGCCAUUAAGACCGUCUCCAGUUGGUUCCCGUUCCAAGAGGCUCUGGUUAUCCUUGAUAAAGAGAAACUGGGUGAAGUCAUUCAUCCGAAAGUGAAGUCAGCUUACCUCCAGCUGGUACUGGCAGUCUAUCUUGAUGAGGUCAUUCAUAACAGCGGAGUCGACAUUGACAGCAUCUGGCACUGCUUCUUGUGGGAGCGCCUGGUAUCAGAUUCUUCUGACGAGCCUCAGCCUCUUCAUGGAGCUAACAUAAAACCAAACCUUCUUGAUAAAAAAGACAUGCCAUAUAAGGAAGAAGUUGAAGAUCUAUUGAAAAUAGUGGAGGAGGAAGUGAACCAAGGGGUAGGGAAAGUCAAUCAGAAACAAAAGAAAGUCAACCAGGAGGGAAACCAUGAGUACCUCCAUCAGAUACUAGCAGUGAUGGAGUUGAUGUCCCUAUAUGGCUAUUGUUGGAAUGUUGGUGACGCUAAGAAGUACAUUAGCAUUGAUAGUGUAGUCAGUAUACUGGAGAUAGGUGGGUGCUAA